UGGGUCGGAACACAGGGGUCGUCUGAUGGAGGCUGCCAGUCGGAAAGGACACUUGUGGCUGGUUAGAUUUACUGCACUCUCUGGCCCUCGCUACCCUCCGGGUAUGGUUUCGUCUCUGGUUGCUAACUAUUAAGAAAUAAAGCCGCUGACGAAGUUAGGGAAGGGAACUAUUUUGCUGAGAGUCACACUGAAGACUGAAACAAUGUACGCUUCAUGGUACGAGUUACACAGGACUUUACAACAAUUCCUGCUACAGUAGAUUAUUGUGUGUGUGAAACUCAAGCAAUGUGUGCCCAGAAGCAUUUUGCAUCAGCAACAAAAGAUGUGAAGAAAUUUAUCAUGAAUUUAAGUUUGUGUUACUCUUAGUAUUUUUGUGCCUUGCUCUUGAUCUCUCAAGAAUACCACUUGAUUCAAUCAUGAGAGCCAGGACUGGUCAAGUUUUCAUGAUAUCUCUAAUGGAGAAACCUUGCAUUUGUAUGGCCUUAAAAUCAGACUUUGGGGCUGCAGUUCCUUGAAACAUACAAAAGCUAAAUCAUAAAGAGGCAUUAAAUAAAAGAUGGGAGACAAUAGGAGUGGAUUCUGAAACUUUCAACUCUCUCAAAAACUAUAAAUAUUUUACAAGGAAAUAAAUAAAUAUUAUGAAGUAAUAGUAAUAACACCUUGUCAAAUGAUUUUGUUGAUGUUGCCUUUAAAUACUUGAUCAAAAUGUUCUAUUUAAUGAAAAAUAUGCACAUUAUACUAUGUUUAUAUAUUUAAUGGUUUUAAAAUCUUUUAUUUAGUGUUGUUCAUUAGUUACUAAAAGUUAAAUAAGAAAUACAAUAAAUUUCAACUACAGUAUUUGAAAAUAUAGCAGUACUUAAUGCUGAAAGAGCAUUUACGCUUGUGAAAACAGGUUAUGGCUUCCAAACUUCAGAUACAGAUUUUUAAUUUAAACAUCAGAACUUUGUACAAGUAUGUGUGUAACCAACCAUCUUGUUGUUGCUGGGGGAAUGUAGCACUACAGUACUGAGUAUAGUGGAGGAUAUCUCAUGGUGCUCUUAUCACAAAGAACCAUGGAAUCUCUUGGUGUGCCAAAUAUUGAUGGCAGUGGCCAAUACAUCCAGACUAUUGAAUGGGAUAUGAUGAACAAGCAAAAAUUUUUUCCGUUGUCAAUGCUGAGCUCUUUUUCUGUGCGAUGUAUGCUCUAUCCAUUCACUGUCAUAAAGACACGUAUCCAGAUCCAGAGGCACAAUGAAGUCUACAAGGGCACAUUUGAUGCAUUCCAGAAGAUAUUUAAAUAUGAAGGUUUGGGUGGACUUUAUAAAGGUUUCUGGGUAAGUGCCUUUCAGCUAGUCUCAGGAAUCUUUUACAUCACCACCUAUGAGAAUGUUCGUACGUUCCUCCAGCAACGUGGCGUUCAUGACUCACGGGUCAGGGCAUUAAUUGGGGGUGGAUGUGCCUCCGUGGUGGGCCAGACAAUCAUUGUCCCUUUUGAUGUUAUCUCUCAACAUAUGAUGGUUUUGGGACAAAUGGAAGGUCAUGGAAAAUCAAAGGUCAUCGUAAACCCCCUCAACAUUGACUAUCAUGGUCGACAAAAACUGCAGAUUGCAUUAAAUAUAGUAAGAACAUUAUAUAGAAAAGAUGGGCUUAAAGGAUUUUAUCGAGGCUACAUGGCAUCUAUAUGUGCUUAUGUCCCAAACUCUGCACUUUGGUGGUCAUUUUACCAUUUUUAUCAAGAGCAAUUAGUCCGCACAUUUCCUGAUGGGACGUCAACUUUGUUGGUGCAGUGUAUUGCAGCUCCACUUGGGGGAGUUUCAACGUCUCUAAUAACAAAUCCUCUGGACAUAGUGAGGGCCAGAUUACAGGUGCAGAGAACAGGAGGCUUUGGAAAUACUUUUAGAAUUCUCUGGUCAGAAGAACAGUUAGGAAUCUUCACUAAGGGCCUCUCUCCUCGGCUGUUCCAGUCAAUGAUCUUCUCCUUCACAAUCAUCCUUGGUUACGAGUCUGUCAAGAGGUUCUCGGUCAAUGAUGAGUUCAAGAAUGAAGUCAGGUGGUGAUGUUUGGUGAAAGAUUUUUCAUUUCAGAAUCACUUGUCCUUUACCAUUGUUAGAGAAGAGAGUUAAUUUAGGUACAAAUAUGCAUAUUAGUGUAAAUCACAUGAUUGCGUUUCUCCUACUUGACCUUCCUAAGUAGUGUUUGUUAUCUAUGGGAAUAAUUGUUUUAUAUAACAAAUGUAUGAAUAUUGUUAAAUGGAUUUUGAUAAAAUUUAAUUAUAAUGGGUAAACCUGUAAUAUUUUCAAAAAUUUUAAGUGUCAAAUUUAAUUUAAUUAUGCCUUGUUCAAAAAUAUUACUGAUAGUCACAACAUUUCUAUAUUUUGUAUUAUUUAAGGUAAAAUAAUACUUCAUUCUACUUACAGAAUGUUUUUCCUAUUUAUAAAAGAAAUUUACAGUACUUUUAACAAAAUAAAGUUGCCUAAAACAAUUUUUUGUAAUAAUUUUUCUGCUCUUGCUUUGGCUGUGUGAAACCUAUUUGCAAUGGAUAGGCUUAUUUUGCAUGAAGAUAUUUCAAACGGUAAAUCUAUAUCAUUAAAAUUGUUGGUUGGACUAUUAUAGACAAUUGGAUUCACCAUUUCCCUACAUAGUUUGCUGAUUCUAAGACAUAUUUAUUUCAAUGAAUUAGAAAUUGCUUUCUAACAACAAGGUAGAGCUUAUUGGUUGCUGUAUAAAUUUACCCUAGUUGCACCACAUGAAUAUAUGAAACUAGUACAGUAUGUGAGUUGAUUGAACAUGUGUUCACCUCCACAGGACAGUGAUAAGGAAGCCAUAGACAUCUUUGGAAGUGUGAAACAUAUAUUGUCAAAGAUUUGUAAAACUAAGAGGAACUUCAUCAAAACAUCUCUGUACAUAAUGUGUUAAAAACCAUCUAAGAAAAACAUUUAAUGUUGCAUAUUUUAAUGUUUAAAAAAAUCAUUCUUGCUUGGAUAUUAAGCUUUAAUGAUCAAAUGAAAUAAAAACAGUACCACUA